CAGAGAAAUCUUGCGACAUUCCUCGUCUGACUCGUGAGGUCCUUUAGAACAAUUCUGCUGUCAGUGUUCAACUUUCGCAUCGAGUUCGUCCAUCAUUGUGAAUUGUAUUCAGCGAAGCGAUUACCCCUACAGUCUUUCGGUACAACACAGAUCAUUCAUGACGAUGGCCAGUACAAACGACACCAACGGUGCUUCGCCCCUCUCCCACCGUCCGGCCCCUCCAGCGAUAGCCCUAUCCGCGACCGAGUUGAUCGGCAACACACCACUGGUUCGACUGAACAAGAUCCCCCAGUCUCUGGGCAUCGAGUGCGAUGUCUAUGCCAAAGUUGAGCUGUUCAACGCUGGCGGCUCGGUCAAGGACCGUAUCGCCCUGCGCAUGAUCGAGGAGGCCGAGAAGUCUGGGAGAAUAAAGCCUGGCGAUACCCUGAUCGAGCCUACCAGCGGCAACACUGGUAUUGGUCUAGCUCUUGUUGGUGCGAUCAAGGGUUACAAGACUAUCAUCACCCUCCCGGAGAAGAUGUCAGCGGAGAAAGUCAGUGUCUUGCGCGCUCUUGGUGCCACUAUCAUCAGAACACCCACGCAGGCAGCCUGGGAUGCCCCCGAGUCGCAUAUCGGAGUCGCUCGACGAUUGGUGAAGGAGAUCCCUAACGCACACAUCUUGGACCAAUACUCGAACAGAGACAACCCUCUUGCCCACGAGUUCGGAACAGCGGAGGAGAUCUGGCAUCAAACCGGAGGCAAGUUGAACUGUAUCGUGGCCGGUGCCGGAACUGGUGGUACCAUCACCGGUCUUGCCAAGGGUAUCAGGAAACACAGCAAGGACGUCAAGAUUGUCGCAGCAGAUCCUCAGGGCAGCAUUCUUGCAUUGCCCGAGUCGCUUAACGAGGAGCACAAGGAUGAGCCGUACAAGGUGGAAGGCAUCGGUUACGACUUCAUCCCAGACGUGUUGGAUAGAGACAUCGUCGACAAGUGGUAUAAGACCGACGACCGCGAGAGUUUCAAGCUUGCUCGGCGCCUGAUCGCCGAAGAGGGUCUGCUUGUUGGUGGCAGUUCUGGAAGUGCUAUGGCUGGUAUGGUGCAAGCAGUCAAGGAUCUUGGACUCGGCAAGGGCGACGUCGUUGUUGUCAUCCUUCCGGACAGUAUUCGAAGCUACCUCAGCAAGUUCGCCGAUGAUGACUGGCUAGCGGCCAAUGAUCUUAUGCUAGAGACAGACGAGGCUGCCAAGCAGGCGAUCAAUGGAGACUCGAAGAAAGAACACGAUCCUUAUGCUGGUGCCACGGUCAAUUCACUCAGACUCAAGCCAGUCACAUCUGUUGUUGCAACUCAGACCUGCUCUGAUGCCAUCGAGACAAUGCGCGAGAAGGGGUUCGAUCAACUGCCUGUACUAGCUGGCCCCGGAGGCAAACUUGUUGGACUUGUCACACUCGGCAAUCUGCUCAGCUACAUCUCCCGUGGUCGUGCAACUGGACAGAGUCCUGUUUCCGAUGUUAUGUUCGAUUUCGGCCGACUUGAUGAGGUCGUCACGGACCUCAGGAAGGGCAAGGGCAAGGGCCGCCGAAAGUUCGUCGAGAUCACCAAAGAUACUACGCUCACUGAGCUUAGCCAUUUCUUCGAGUGGAACAGUGCUGCCGUCGUUACUGAGCCUGGUGAUGGCAAGGCUUUGACCAAACCUCUGGCUAUUGUGACUAAGGUCGAUUUAUUGACCUGGAUGGUCAAGCAGAGCAAGUAAAGUUCUAGUCACGUCGUGCAUCAAGACAGCCGUUUGCUGGGAAUUUUCGUUCGGGCGUUUUGGGGUUUAGGGGAGACAUACCCGAGUUUAGAUCGCUCUUGAUCUGAUCAACUCGGAUAUCUAGAUUCGCAUUGGACGGAUAGCAAGACUAAGAGGGACUCAACGUCCAUGGACACCAGAGAAUAAAUACCAAGUGGAACAUAAUAAGAUUCACUAUGCCAGCCAACUCUUUUUUAUUUGUAUCUUCCCAUCUUGUUGACUGCACCAAUACUUUUUGUUCUUCGUAACACGAGUUCCAGAUUACCAGCACGU